GACCCAGAAGGGAAGUGGUGACGGGACGGAAGGCCAGGCCUCCCCACACUCACUCAUCUGUGAGAAAGAGCAAAAGCAAGUGAAAGCUGUUCAACGUUCACUUGAACACUGGGUGGGUGUUCAAUAGGAGAUCUGACCGGGACCCGGGGCCAGGUCCCUCCAGGACUCUGCGACGCCCAGUGGGAUCGGGGAGCUCAGCCACAGACCACCCAGCUGUCUGCAGUCAGUGCCGUUAUCACUCCCCGGCCCACAGAGGGGGUAAGUGACUUACCUAAUGUCACAUGACCGUUCGGCGAGGCACUGGAUUGAACUCAGACUCUCCGCUCCACAGCCACCCUUUCACCACCAGGGUGUCCUGCCUUACACGGUCAGGCCUAAUGAGCAGACCGUGGGGCCCAGAAAGAACCCCAAAAGAUCGGCUGGAAGAGGCCUUAGAGAUCAGCUGGUGUCGUAUCCACAAUCAAAGGGCCAUGAUCCUUGUCCCUGGCACCCUCGGGCUUUAAACACAGCUGGAGCGUGGGGGCAGCUGUCACCAUGGCGCUCAUUCUUUCACUUCACACUUUCAGUUCAGGGAAACCAGACAGGAGGCCGGGUUUCCUGUUGCUCUGUGCAUCCUGUUGCUGUCAGAUGUCAUUUUGUUAGGCCCUCCAUCCAAAGGCCUGCAUUUCCUGCCCUUGCCGGAUUCGGACAACACCACCGGUCCGUGGCCACACCAGACCUGGGGGAAGCACAGAAUGCCAGCAGCCACCUCUCCGGCGUCCCUCUUCUAGGCUGGCCUCUGCAUGGGCAAAGGCUUCUUGGUGAGCCCAGCAGGAGCCGAGGGACCCACCCCAUGGAGAGACGCUGGGUGAUGGAGGCAGCCAAUGGCUGCAAGGAUGGCUUGGAUUUCAACCCCAUGAAAGAGUACAUGGUCCUGAACGGUUCCCAAAGGAUCGCUAUUGCGGUGCUGUGCACCACCCUGGCCCUGCUAAGCGCCCUGGAGAACCUGGCUGUGCUCUACCUGAUCCUGUCCUCCCACCGGCUCCGGAGGAAGCCUUCCUACCUGUUCAUCAGCAGCCUGGCUGUGGCCGACUUCCUGGCCAGUGUGAUCUUUGCUUGCAACUUUGUAAAUUUCCACGUCUUCCACGGCAUAGAUUCUAAGGCUGUCUUCCUGCUGAAGAUUGGCAGCGUGACCAUCACCUUCACAGCCUCUGUAGGCAGCCUACUGCUGACCGCCAUCGACCGCUACCUCUGUCUGUGCUACCCACCCACGUACAAAGCACUACUCACCCGUGGGAGGGCACUGGCCACCCUGGGCAUCAUGUGGGUCCUCUCAGCCUUGGUCUCCUACCUGCCCCUUAUGGGAUGGACCUGCUGUCCCCAUCCCUGCUCUGAGCUUUUCCCCCUGAUUCCCAAUGACUAUCUGCUGGGCUGGCUCCUGUUCAUUGCCUUCCUCUUCUUCGGCAUCAUCUACACGUAUGGGCAUGUUCUCUGGAAGGCCCAUCAGCAUGUAGCCAGCUUAGCUGAACACCAGGACAGGCAGGUGCCAGGGAUGGCACGGAUGAGACUGGAUGUGAGGUUGGCCAAGACCCUGGGGGUGGUGCUGGCUGUGCUUUUCAUAUGCUGGUUCCCGGUACUGGCCCUCAUGGUCUACAGCCUGACCGCCACCCUAAGCGACGAGGUCAGGAUGGUCUUCGCCUUCUGCUCCUUGCUCUGCCUUGUCAACUCCAUGGUCAACCCCAUUAUCUAUGCCCUGAGGAGUGGGGAGAUCCGCUCCUCCGCCCACCACUGUCUGGGCCGCUGGAGGAAGCAUCUGAGGAGACGUGGCUUUGAAGGAAACAAAGAGCUCCCCAGGUCCUCAGUCACUGAGACAGAGGCUGAUGUGAAAAUCAACCCAUGGCCAGAUUCCAGAGGACCGUACUGAUGAUUGCUGACGGGGCCUCUCACAGUUUUAAACAAGCUGAGCCAAUCAUUUUACUCCCCAGAGGAGAGAGGGCACCCUUGAACC